GGAUCAGAUUUCUACCCGCACAUGUCUGAGACCUGAGCUCGAAUUCAACUCGGAUGUAUUAUACAUGACAUUGACCCGUUAUCGCUUGGUUCUUAACAAAGGAUGCAUGGUGUAAAGUACCACGGACUGAAAAACUCUGAGUAGUAGUGCGAUUAGAAUGAACAUUGUGUUUAGUUUCGAAAUCGGAAAAGAAUAGGAACACUGCAGAAAGGAAACCGAAGCCAGACAGAGUGAUAACAGUCAGUGCCCGAUAGGAGUCGUGUUACUUCCUCGUUUUGGAAGUUCAUGAUUCAGUUCCGGACGAGUUUUUGACAUCUUCGGGAUACUGCGUAAAAUACACUAUUACAAGUUGACCCUCCUCCGGGUCACAGCAAUCAUUGUUUCAUGUGUAAAUGGAGGAAAUCGUGAUUUACCUCCCUCAGUUAUAUAGCAACUGGUUCAACAAGAGUCAAUGCGUCGAAUAAGUCUUCGGAGCGGAACCGUGUUAGUUAGUACACGGAGGAGCCAAACACACGGAAAUCAAUUUUUCUUUCGAGAACUUUUGGAAUUGUUGCAGACAUUGUCAUCUCUAUGAAAGUUCAGGGUUGCCAUUGGAGCUAAAAUAUAUGUCAUGAUAACACCGUCUUUUUUUGUAGCUGGAGUUCAAAGAACACUUAUAGAUGAACUGUACAAACGAGAUAUUUACUUUGUGAGCAUAUUCAUGGAGCGUGAAGGUAUUUCAUGUCGAUAAGGUUGGAUUAUAGAAAAUCGUGCGACCUAUAAAUGAUGAUUAAACGAAGCCAAUAACAGCAAUACCACUGACAGAGGCGAAAUAAUAGAGAACUGUGAAAUUGAUUGUGAAACCCAUUUUAGGAGUCAGAGACUUAGCUGGUCUAUUGUUAUAUCGAUGCUGAAUAAACAACACGUUUGUUUGUAUGAUUUAUAUUAUCAAGGUUGUGUGAUACACAAGGGCGCAUUGAGUAAACAUCUACAGUAGAGAUCGUGCAGGAAGGAGGUACACACUUCCAAAAAUAUGGAAUGAUUCAAUAAGCAGUAUUUUAGGGGAAAUUGCGAACCCGGAUGUGCUCUAGUGAACAAACUCCAUAACUGUCCAAGCUCCGCACCAUUACACCAAAUCGUUUGAUUGAAGGUGUUGAGAUCUUAGUUUCAGGCUGACUCGCUCAUUAUAAAACAGUGUAAUAUAUCAGCAUAUGACUCCCGAAAGAUGGCGACUACAAUGACAACGAUAAAUCAGUCCUCAACGGUAUCGACAAUGCUUUCAACAUCGUCGUCGACUGUAUCUCAGACAAUGGAAUACACUGAAUGGAAUGACACUGCAUUUGAUACGACUAUGAAUAUGACGACGAUGACAACGACAAAGGACCCGCUAGUAUCGGAUACAGAAGCGCUUAUAAUGAGUAUUUUCUUGAAUAUUAUAGCACUUUUAGGAAUCGUCGGAAAUUCGAUUGUCAUUGUCAGUGUGGUAUUUAGUCGCAAGCUACAGACGGUUACCAAUGUGUUUAUUAUAGCUCUCUGUGUUACUGAUCUUUUGGUCUGCAUUACUCUCCCGUUCCAGACUUUUGCUUUAAUUUCACAAGACGGAUGGCCCUUAGCGGACUGGCUCUGCGCCGCCAUUGGGGGUAUUACAAGUAUCUGUUUCGGUGCGAGUGUUCUCCUGCUUGUUCUUAUUGCUUUCAAUCGAUACUUCGUCAUCACUCGACCACGCAGCACCUGUCAACGCCUCUACAAACCUCGUAACCUGUUUCUUAUGGUGGCUUCUACUUAUAUCUAUACCUUCAUAAUGUUCGCUGUCCUGCCUCUCGCUGAUAUUGGAAUGUUAGGGUACUCUGAAUCCUAUCGUAUCUGUUCAUGGGAUGACGAACACGAACUUUCUGAAGUAAAUGACAUCAUCGUGGGAAUCACGUUCAGCGUUUCGUUCGUCGUCAUUGUCGUCUGUUAUAUCCGCAUAUUUCUGUUCAUCAAGAAGCAUCAUCGUGCCAUGCUGUCUCACAGAUCACCCAGCGAAGGCAGCGUCGGAGUGGACAAUGAAUUCACGAGCACAGAGCAAACCGAAACUCAACUACCUCCUCCUCGUUCUCAUAAUGCUGCAAGCUCGAACAUUUCGGAGGGGAGGAAAGUUUCAGGUAUUAAGACAGUGGUGCUCAAACGGGAAGUUGAGAUCACCAAAAAUCUUCUAAUGGUCAUCGUUUCAUUCUUCAUCUGCAUUGCGCCUUACAGUGUCUCCCUGUUGUUACCUAAGGGAAAUUCUCUUUCCAUAUUUACUGGUAUACUACUCAUGUUCAACACAUGCAUCAAUCCAAUGAUAUAUUCAUUCAAACAUCCCACAUUUAAGGUCGUUAUUCGUUGUGUCGUCGGUUGUCGAUAUGCUGACAUUCCAAAGCCGUCACUAACAUUAAAGAAAUUGCUGAAAUUGGGCCGAAACGCACCAUAAGUAUGAGGUAUGAUGAUUGAAUAUCUGCAGCUACACUUGUAAGAUGUUCUUGAUAUAUGUUACCAUUUCUUUUGAUCUUAAUUAUAUCUUGCCUUUUCCAAGCUGCUUUAAUAGUCCACUUACAUAUUCAAGGACUAAAUAUAGAUAUCUCAAAUAAUCAUUAAAAACAUGAUAAUAAAGUCUAUUGGUCUCUCUAUAUCAUUUUUGAUCAGCAAAACACACAGUAGAUUGUCUGAAAUUCAAUCACCAACGAUUACAUUUUGUGUGUACGACAUUAUUAAUUGGUCUAUGUAACCAAGUUGCAGUCACUGGUAGAGCUGCAGCCUGCAGGUACUUAAAUGAAGAUUAGAGGUGCCGUAGUCGAGUGGUUUUAUAGCACUCAACUUGAAAUGCAAAGGUCGUGGUUUAACCCCGACAUAGCACUAAUGUCCUGUGGCAAGGCAUUACUCUAUAUUUGCCGCUCCUUACCCAGGAAAGAAAUGGGGUCCUGGAAGGAUGGCGAAAGCCUUUGUGAUGAAUUAUAUAUGCCCUUACGGUAGAUAUAUGGGUAGGAAUACGCCCCAAGGAGUGGAUAUAGUGCACAUUGUGUGGGCAUGAAUCUGGUAAUAUUAAUUUGUAUAUGUAAAGCACUAAUUAUGACAUGAAUAGAGUUAUGGUAAACGUAAUAAGACAUUUUAUUGACCUUAACUUAUUAUGAACUCCUCUGACCUAUUCUCUUGUAUUUGCUCUUUUCCACCAACGUAAUUGUAUUUCGUAAUUUCACUUUACAUAUAUCUUGUUAAUAUUAACUCGGAUACAUUCUGUCUGGCAGGAAUAGUACUUACUCAAUGAAAAGUACAGCAUAUUAUGUGUUAACAUGUAACAUAGGCAUAUACACUGUAUUUAUAUAUAUAUAUAUAUGUAUAAUUAUAUCUAACUAUCUGACGAAAUAAAUUAAAACCGAUCAGAGUGAAGAAGUGACCUAUCAGUGACUUUUUAUUUCAAUUGCUUUAAUCAUUAUAAACAAAAGUAUAUAAAUAAAUAUUACAUACUUAUAUGUAUAUAUACAUUUUAUUUGGAUAAUAAAGUGCGACAAACACCCGCUUUAAACAAAAAUGACAUGUAGGUCAUUUGUAGACAAAAAACGGUGACGUACUGUUUUGCUGGUUCUCAUGAUUUCGUAAACAUCUCUCUAAAUAGGAAAGUGGGGAAUAUCUAUCGUUCUAUAAACGACCAAAUACAUCAACACGCCAUAAAAGUGUGCAAUUUACGAGUUUCCUGGUAUUUUGUUUUAGGUCCCGUUCACUUCAUUAUGUGAGAAAAUCAUUGUCAUGAUGAAAUUGUGAAGUAAGAUUUAUAAGAUGGUUCUCAAUUAAUAAUUUUUAAUCAGGCAGUUUUUAUUUCUAUAAUUUAGGGCUCAACUUCAUUGGCACUAUUGGGACAUUAUUUGAUGAAACAUCAACAGACUAUACAUUUCUUUGUGCUCGGAGUACAUAUUUUGAUUACCUUUGCUAUCGUAUAUUAUUUGAUGUUUUAAAUGUGUCCUAAACUGAGAUGUAAAUAACAUUGAUAGAAUUUAUGCAAUUUAUACAUCGAGUACUGUAUUGUCUGUGUGUACAUAUAUCCAUGUACAUAAUUGUUGUUAUUGCAGAGUAGUUGGAAUGUUGAACAGCAUGGACUUAUAUGAAGUCUUAUGUAAAUAUGUAUCAUCUUAUAAAUUAGUUUUUAUUAUUUUGCUUAAAUAAACUAAAUAUGAAU